AUGGCUGCAGAAAAAAUCAGUCUGUACAAUCUUGCAGACCUCAAAAAUACAUCCGAUGACGCUCUCCCCAACUACCUCAACUCCCUCAAAUUCAAACAAUCCCACUUCCUGACCGACGUCCGGCUGGCCCUGGGCUACGGCGCAUUCGCCAUCGCCGCCGCCUGUUUCGGAUGGGACUACAAAUUCGGCUUUGAAAACACAAAGUACUACACUGCUGCGGCUGUUGCCAUAUACACCCUGCUGAAUGGCUUCCUUACGUUUUGGACGUCGACUGUGGAGAAGGGCACCGUGUACCAAGGAACGGCACCUUCAGGGGAGCGGAUUACAAUCCGCACAAACACAAAGAAAAACGACCCGACGUACUACGUAACUGUCAUCUCGGAACAAAAAACCGGCGAGCCAAAGACGCUCGAAAUCUCAAAGUCCUUCGCGUCAUGGUUCGACGAGACCGGUCGCUUCGUCCCUAAGCCCUUCCAGGAAUUCCUGGCUACUUCCGUCCCGGCUAUUGGCAAGCAGGACCCCAAGAAGAUCAUGUCUGCUUCACAGGACGUGUAUGGUGCUAAUGCCGAGGUGUUGGAUGCCAUGUUGGCGGGGACUGGGGCUACUGGUAGUGCCACGGGUGCGAAUGCGACUGAGUCGAAGGGUAAGCGGAGAAAGGCUUGA